CGUAUGUUUAUGUAUACUUAUAUUUAAGUAAUAGAAUAACGGAAGUGCGGUAUUUCAAUGGUAGUGGGUUUAACAGUAGACGUAUAACAAUUUUAUAUUUUAGAUGAUCAUAUUUAUUAUAGAUUAUAUUUCAAGAUUUUCUUAAUACAUUUCAAUAUACCCACAAUUUCUGUUCAAUUCCGAUCUUUGAUUAACAGCUAUGCAAGAAAAAUCAUGCUCACAUCGUGAUGACCUCACCAGUGGAGUUGACAUCGAAUCGCAGAUCGCGUAGGUACGCACCGUUAUGGCUGAGCUUUUCAUCAUCGGACAACUGUGUAGUGCCGAGCGGUUUCCUUCCAAGAGUUUAUUUUGCAAAUGGAGCAUUCACGCCGGUACUAACUGGAAAAUAAUAUCCGGUCACAAAGAAGGACAAACCCAAGUGGAUUCGCCGGCUUACGAUAAUCGCACCUGGUGGUGUCACCCGAUUGACAUUCACUUUGCGUCCAAAGGAAUACAAGGCUGGCCUAAAUUUCACGUGCAAAUUUACCAUUACGACAGUUACGGACGUAGCGAAAUUUACGGAUACGGAUUUUGUUACGUGCCGACUACACCGGGAAAGCACACCGUAGAUUGCCACACUUGGCGGCCGAUCGGUAAUCUUAGGGACGAAUUCCGACGGUUCUUCCUCGGUGGCGGCGCCCAGCUGAAAUCGCCGGAUUUCGUAUACUGUGGCACGGACCGGUAUCGGUUACAUACCGAGUCACUAGGAACGGUGCGUUUCCGGUUGAACGUGAUUGCCCGGAACUUUCGACGGUACGGAGUGGAACUGUAAACGAUGACCAGAAGUUGGCGCAUGGC